AUGACUAGAGAUAAUAUUGUCACCAGUGCUAUUGACCAAAAAAUUUAUAAUCUCGUCAUUGACUAUUUGGAGGAGAAAAGCUUGGCCAAUAGGAAGAACCUAUCGUCUGAUGAGUUGCAGGACCCACUAGCAGGAAUGGAGUCUGCCAACAACUUGACAAUUACACAGACUACAUCAAUUGUACAGCAGAGAGAGCUUUCCUUAAAGCGAGUCAAGAAAGCACAGCUUGAAAAGUCCAUUUCAAAAGUUCUUCGUAUUAUACGCGAAGACGAGGCAGAAGAAAUAGGAACUGAUGAACAAGCUUUAUCAGCACACCAUUCUGAAGUCGAUGGCAAUGGUGAAUUGGAGGGCCAAGAAGAAAGAGAUGGCGAAGAAAAUGGGAACAAUAUGAUGGUUGUGAAAGACACUAAUUCUACAAACAAGUCUGUUGUGUCUCUUUGGAAAACUCCCACCGAAGACGAGUCUGAAAAUAACGAGGCAGACAAUGUUGGGCUAAAAAGAAAGUCCAGAGAAACAUCCAAAACCACUACACUUAAGCGACAGAGACGUAAGGUGAAUUACACAACUCCAACUUUGGAUUUCUCGACCCUCGGCGGAAUUGAUAAUGUUACCACACAACUUUUGGAGAUUAUUGGAUUACCGAUAUUGCACCCGGAGAUUUACUUGUCUACUGGUGUGGAACCACCUAGAGGUGUCCUUCUCUAUGGUCCGCCUGGGUGCGGGAAAACAACCGUUGCCAAUGCUCUCGCAGGAGAGUUAAAGGUGCCGUUUAUUAAUAUUUCUGCGCCAUCAAUCGUCUCCGGUAUGUCGGGAGAGUCCGAGAAGAAAUUGCGCGACUUGUUUGAAGAAGCCAAAUCCGUGGCGCCUUGUAUUAUAUUUAUGGACGAGAUUGAUGCGAUAACUCCAAAAAGAGACGGAGGAGCACAAAGGGAAAUGGAGCGCCGAAUUGUGGCUCAAUUAUUAACACUUAUGGAUGAACUUCGUAUGGAAAAUACAAACAAUAAACCCGUUAUUGUUAUUGGUGCCACAAACAGACCCGACUCUCUUGAUUCAGCUCUCCGUAGGGCAGGACGAUUUGAUAGAGAGAUUUGUUUGAACGUUCCCAAUGAAAGUCAGAGAGAGUCGAUACUACGUGCCAUGACCAAAGACAUCAAGCUAGACGGCGAGUCCUUGUUUAAUUACAGAGAACUAUCAAAGCUUACGCCUGGUUAUGUUGGCGCAGAUCUCAAGAGCUUGGUGACUGCGGCCGGUGUAUUUGCCAUCAAAAGGAUUUUCGAAUCCUUGAUUCAAAGAGAAGACGAGAAAGAAGCGGUGUCUGAUGGCAUGGACAUUGAUGUCAGGGAGUUACUGAAUGAUCAACAAGGUGCUUUGGCUCAAGCGUUUAGCAAAAAGUCCGAUGUUGAAAAGCUUUCUACAAUACAAAAAUUCUUGGCGGCACACCCCGAUCCACUCACUGGUGAGCAACUCGAGCCAUUGUCAAUUACGUAUGAUGAUUUCAUAAAUGCACUUCACACUGUUCAACCCUCUGCAAAACGAGAAGGGUUUGCAACUGUUCCCGAUGUCACUUGGAAUAAAGUGGGUGCAUUAAGCUCGAUAAGAACUGAGCUCCAUAUGUGUAUUGUUCAACCUGUUAAGAAGCCGGAGUUGUUUCUGAAAGUGGGUAUUACUGCGCCAUCGGGUGUUUUAAUGUGGGGACCUCCCGGAUGUGGUAAGACAUUGUUGGCGAAAGCAGUGGCGAACGAGAGUCGAGCCAAUUUCAUUUCGAUCAAGGGCCCCGAGCUUUUAAAUAAGUAUGUUGGUGAGUCCGAGAAAGCUGUUAGACAGGUAUUCCAGCGGGCACGAGCAUCAACGCCCUGUAUCAUUUUUUUUGAUGAGUUGGAUGCCUUGGUGCCUCGUCGUGAUAAUUCAAUGUCAGAGUCAAGUUCACGAGUGGUGAACACGUUAUUGACAGAGCUCGACGGUCUUAAUGACAGAAAGGGGGUAUUUGUUAUUGGAGCCACAAAUCGACCGGAUAUGAUUGAUCCUGCAAUGUUGCGUCCAGGCCGGUUGGACAAGACUCUCUACAUCCAAUUGCCCACCCCAGAUGAGAGAUUUGAGAUUUUGAAAACCAUUGUGCGCGCCAACCAAAGUCCGAUCGACAACGAUGUUAAUCUCCACGAGAUUGCACAUGAGGAGCGAUGCAGAAACUUUUCAGGAGCAGACUUGUCUUCGCUAGUGAAGGAAGCAGCAGUUUCAGCACUUAAGCGGAGUUUUUUCCACUCGCAUAAAUUACUGAACUUGGACCUGUCACAGUUCUAUGAUGUCAACGAUGAUAACGAGAUUGACAUCAAGGUUAACAAGUCCGAUUUUGAUCAGGCAUUAUCGCGUAUACGUCCGAGUGUUAGUGACCGGGAUAGAGCAAAGUAUGAAAGAUUGAACAAAAAGUUAGGAUGGGAUGUGAUAGGCCCGGAAAGUGCCAACGACGGUGCCAAUGAAGGAGCUAACAACGAGCUGCUCUAG